AUGGCAGCCGUCCACCCCCGUCCUCUGCAUAGUCUGGGACCUGUUCACCCACCACGCGUUGAGAAAAGUGCCGUCAAGCCAUCCAUAGCUAGACAUGUUGAUAUUCGGGUCAGUGAUCCGUUAGACCACGAUGCGCCUGCUAUCCUGCACGAGCCGAGAGAUUACAGCGCCACAGAGUCGAAGGGGGCAGCUGUUGUCUUGAUCAGUGGUGCGGGUGGAGGAGUCAGUGGGCCUGCUGGCAUCUACCCAUCCCUAGCAGAUAAACUAGCCCUUCUCCUGGGUAUCCCCACAGUCCGUCUAGACUACCGCCAACCCGCAAACUCGGAAUACUGCUCCGCAGACGUAAUAGCCUCGUUCGACUACCUAGCCAGGCAGUUCAACUCUACCCGCUUCGUGGUGGUCGGCUGGUCCUUCGGCGGCAGUCCCUGUUUCACCGUCGCGGCGAAAGAACCCAAUCGACUCCGCGGCGUGGUGACGGUUGCAUCGCAGACGGCGCAGACGAACGGAAUCCGGAAGAUGAGUCCACGGCCGUUACUCCUCCUCCACGGGACGGGGGAUCAGGUGCUCUCUGCGUCGUGCUCGCAGGCCCUAUUCGAGAUGUAUGGGACCGAGGGGCAGAGGAAUCUGAAGUUGUUCGAUGGGGAUGAUCAUGGGUUGACACGGAAUGCGCCCGAGGUGGAGAAGGUGAUUUUCGAGUUUGUGGCCAGGACGUUGGGGUUUGAGAGUGUCUUGAGCGAUGAGACGGUCAGGCAGGCCGGGAUAGAUUUGGUGGAGAGCGUUGGGGGAAGAGUGAAGGAGAUGGAGGAGGGGAGGGAUCUGGAGGGGGAGAGGCUGUCUUGA